AUGUCUUUGCAUAAUAAUGUAUCUUCAUCUAAACAAUUGGAACCAUGUUAUAUUUUACAACCGCUUGGAUAUUAUUUAUUCAUUAUUUGGAUUAUUGGGACAAGUUUAAAUGGUUAUGUAUUAUGUUUAUUUAUACGAUAUAAAAAUUUAAGGCAAUCAUCAACGAAUAUAUUUAUUUGUGGUUUGGUAUUAGCAGAUUUUUGUGGAGCUUUGUUCGAAAUACCAUUGCCAGCUAUUGCACUCGUCGGAUGCAGAUGGAUUUUUAGUUAUGUUGGUUGUAUAGUGGAAGCUAUUAUAGCUUAUUUUGCUAGUUGUUCAAAUAUUUAUAUGUUAUGCUUAAUUUCUCUUGAGAGUGGUUAUCUUCUUGCUUGGACUCCAUAUGCAAUAAUGAGUUUUAUUUGUGCCUUUAUUGAUGAUGAAUUCUUUCCACCUAUUCUCGGAACGAUACCAGCGUUAUUCGCUAAAACAAGUGUUGUAUGGAAUCCUUUAAUUUAUGUUGCACGUAACGGAAAUAUUCGUCAUUAUUUUUCAUUUCGUAGACAUAAUCGCUCUAACGAAAAAAAUAGAACUCCUGAUGCAACGCGUUACUCACUUCAUCCAUCUUCUACAGCUCAACUACAAUUAAGAUAA